AUCUAUCGUUCAGUUUCAUGUGUUGUCGCGAAGGCUUGUGGGUAAUGCCUUCGCGAUGCAUCUAGUAGUUUCACUUGAGCAAGCCAGCUGACUGUCUCGUUCAGGCGCAGCGCUGGAGAUUCACCAUUAACCCAGCGCAAUGCUCCGGCUCCGCUGAAUCUCUCGGAUAGUUUCUCACAAUCUCCGCUCGGAUGAACAUGAGUCGGAACGAGCAUUCGCUGCAGGCUCUGUCCUGGAGAAAGCUUUAUCUGAGCAGAGCCAAACUCAAAGCGUCCAGUCGCACGUCUGCUCUUUUAUCCGGUUUCGCAAUGGUGGCCAUGGUGGAAGUACAGCUGGACACUAAUCACGACUAUCCCCCAGGACUGCUCAUCGCGUUCAGUGCUUGCACCACUGUGUUGGUGGCUGUCCACCUGUUCGCGCUCAUGGUGAGCACCUGCAUCCUGCCCAACAUCGAAGCGGUCAGCAAUGUGCACAACCUCAACUCGGUGAAGGAGUCUCCUCACGAGAGAAUGCAUCGCCACAUUGAGCUGGCCUGGGCUUUUUCCACAGUCAUUGGAACGUUGCUCUUCCUGGCCGAGGUGGUCCUGCUGUGCUGGGUCAAGUUUUUACCCAUUAAGCCGAAGGACCAGAAAAACGGUACUAUAUCCGCCGGGGUGGCCGCUGCGAUCACGUCUACCUCCAUCAUGGUGCCUUUCGGCUUGAUUUUUAUCGUCUUCGCUGUGCAUUUCUACCGCUCACUGGUCAGCCACAAAACCGACAGGCAGUUUCAAGAGUUAGAAGAGCUGGAGGACUUACAGAACGAACUGGACCACCGAGGGGAGGCGUCUACCUUACAGUCUCCCAGUUCCCUUUACCCCUAGUUUUGAUUUUGGGAAAGAGCUUCUGUUAAUGGUUUAGGUUUGUCAAGUGUUGCAACACAUCGUAUUUUCGACCUAUCUGUUGCAUGUGGACACUAAAGUGUCCAGUUUUAUAUGUGUUGAGGAUUUGUCCAAUGUUUCUGCUAUUUACUAAUACCAGUCAGACUGUGAUAACUGUGAAAGCAUGCACUGCAUGUUUUAUGGAUAUUUUCUUUUCAUUUUUUUCUGUUCUUAUAGGAAUAGUUCACCCAAAAAUGAACAUUUUCCUGAAAUGUACUCUCCUUCAGGCCAUUAAAGGUGUAUUUGAGUUUGUUUCUUCAUCGGAACAGAUUUGGAGAAUGGAUCCUCUGCCGUGAAUGGGUGCCGUCAGAAUGAGAGUCCAAACAGCUGAUUAAAAACAUCACAACAAUCCACAAGUAAUCCAUUAAGGCAUUUUUAACUAAAAAUAUGGCUAUAAUAUUUGUACUUUCUCCAUAAUAUUGCUUUCUCCAGUGAAAAGUCGUCUUAUCUGAAUCAGGUGAGAAAUAUGCACAGAUCAAGCACCGUUUACAAGUCAAAACAGGUCUAAACAAAUAUGUCAGUAAACAGAGUAUUAAUAGGUGAGAGGACAACAGGGGAUACAUGUUUUCACUGGAGGAAGCGUUAGUAUGGAUUAUUGACUUGUAUUUUGGCCAGAAUAGACGGUUUAAAGUAAUAUGUUUCUUACAAACACGCAGCUUUUCACUUUGCAAGAUGAUAAUUGAUGGACUGGAGUGGUGUUGAUUACUUGUGGAUUAUUGAGAUGUUUUUAUCAGCUGUUUGGACUCUCAUUCUGACGGCACCCAUUCACUGCAGAGGAUCCAUUGGUGAGCAAAUGAAGUAAUACUACAUUUCUAAAAUCUGCUCCAAACUCAUCUACAUCUUGGAUGGCCUAAGGUUGAGUAAAUUUUCAACAAUUUUUCAUUUUUGGUGAACUAUUCCUUUAAUUCACCACAGGGAAAAUCCUUUAUUUCAGUAUGGCAGCUGUGCCAGCUCUGUUACUUACAAGGUUUUUAUUUUCACACAAGGCAAGCUACAUUCUUACAGACACGAGUUUACUUUGUUUAUUACAAAAACACUUUUUUAAACACUGAUGAGAGGCUUGUUUGAAGUUAUUACAGUGCAGGGGACACUUUUAUGCCCACUUGACCAAAUAAUUUUGAUGCGUUCUGAAUCAUGGCUUCGCUGUUGAACAGCUGAAUCAAAUAAAAAUCUGAGUCUAAUUCAAACUCAGUUUUUUUUUCCCUAAAUGAACCCCUGAAUGAGCACAUCUUAGUAGAAACAAAGUCACUUUAUCAACAUGUUUGUCUGACCUUUUUUGGUAGUAUUUGAAACCGCUUCCCAUUACAGGGGCCUCUGUUCACUCUGAUGUUGGACAAAGUGCUUAGAGCCGUCACGGCUAAAGAUCUGGCAGGAUUGUGCGAUUAUGCUAGCGAGCACAUUUGAAACAAAGUGUUUAUUAAGCAGAGGACCAUUUAAGCAUGUAGUUACAUCAGCAGCAUUGACGAAAAUGACUAAAACAACAUUUAAUUAACAUGUUCAGUAUUGCCAAAUUGAAAUACAAUGAUUUUUUCCCCAAAGUAUGUGAAAUAAUAUCCAUGUUGUGUGUAAAGUUUGAUUCAGAAGCUCUUUUUAUUAGUGCACAGCAUGUGCUGGAAUUUAAAAACUCAGUUUUAUAGAUUUGAAUUAAAGUCUUAAUCAAACCAACUUCAACCAAACAUCCUUUUGUGUUCUUUUAUAUAAUUUAUGACAUGCAUUUCUUUCCAAAAUGAGCAUUUUGUUAAAUACUAGUAGAUGCAUAAUGUGCCAACAACUUUUUUUGUAUCGUGUGAUUGUGUUUUUAUUGUGAGUGAGGGGUUGAUAAAACAUAUUUCACUGCA